AUGGCCCUGCCGGGAGAGUACGAGGACAACAACCAGGCCAUGCUGUGGUCAGAUCCAGAGGGCCUGGCCAGACGAAUGCAGAUCGACCGGCUGGACAUCAACGUACAGAUCGACGAGUCGUAUUGCGUAGACGUGGGAGAGGGCCUGAAGCGCUGGAAGUGCCGCAUGUGUGAAAAGUCCUACACGUCCAAGUACAACCUGGUCACUCAUAUUCUGGGCCACAAUGGAAUUAAGCCCCACGAAUGUCUACACUGCGGAAAGCUCUUCAAGCAGCCGAGCCACCUCCAGACUCACCUGCUCACCCACCAGGGGACCCGGCCUCACAAGUGCACCGUUUGCGAGAAGGCCUUCACGCAGACCAGCCACCUGAAGAGGCACAUGCUGCAGCACUCGGACGUCAAGCCCUACAGCUGCCGUUUCUGCGGCAGGGGGUUCGCCUACCCAAGCGAGCUCAGGACCCACGAGAACAAGCACGAGAACGGCCAGUGCCACGUCUGCACCCAAUGCGGCCUUGAGUUCCCGACCUACGCGCACCUGAAGCGCCACUUGACCAGCCACCAGGGCCCCACCACCUACCAGUGCACACAGUGCCACAAGUCCUUCGCAUACCGCAGCCAGCUGCAGAACCACCUGAUGAAGCACCAGAAUGUGCGGCCCUACGUUUGCCCCGAGUGCGGCAUGGAGUUCGUCCAGAUCCACCACCUCCGACAGCACGCUCUAACUCACAAGGGUAUGAAAGAAUUCAAGUGUGACGUCUGCGCCAGAGAGUUCACCCUGUCUGCCAACCUGAAGAGACACAUGCUGAUCCACGCCAGUGUGAGGCCCUUCCAGUGCCACGUCUGCUUCAAGACCUUUGUCCAGAAGCAGACCCUCAAAACGCACAUGAUUGUCCACCUCCCCGUCAAGCCUUUUAAAUGCAAGGUGUGCGGAAAGUCGUUCAACAGAAUGUACAACCUCCUCGGUCACAUGCAUCUCCAUGCCGGUAGCAAGCCCUUUAAGUGCCCUUACUGCUCCAGCAAGUUCAACUUGAAGGGCAACCUCAGCCGACACAUGAAGGUCAAACACGGCAUCAUGGACACCUCAACGGAAGGACAAGAACCACCACCAGACCCGGAAGGCCAAGAGGACUUCGAAGAGGAGAGCUUUGAGUUCAGCGAGCGAGAGAACCGGGCUAACAACAACAACACUCCAGACAUUGCUAAACUCUCUCAAAUGGAGUAUUACAGCACCUAUGGAAAGGGCUCAGGGCGCUUCAACACAGCAUGAAUCAUCAAAAAAAAAAAAAGGACCCUGAACUGAAUAUAAGUGUGAAAUAAUGAUAAGGGGAUUGUUUUUUUUAUUUUUGGUCAUUGACAUGGGACUCGGGGUUUUCUUGAAAUGUUAAAGAACCCGGCAAACUGCACAUUCAUAUGCACUGGAAUCACUCGUAUCGCUACACAUUUUUUGGAAAUGUUUACUUUUUUUUUUAUCAUCAUCAUGUUCUUUUCAUCUCUAAAAAACAGAAAAUCUACUUAUGAAAUAUAUAUUAUAUUCAAAAAAAGUGGACUGUCUUAAACACAAGCAUUAAAAGGUAAAACAAAUAUAUAUGUAAAUGUGUUUAUGUUGUCAUUUGCUUGACUACAGACACAUCAUCUGAGCCUAAUUUUUAAAGCACGUUUUUUUACUUCAAUGCUAAAAAGCAUAUGGCGAUGGAUUACUGCACUUAUUUAUCAGACAAUCCCAGUCUCUCUUGAUCGUUUGGGUAAAUUAAUGUCAAAGGUUGAAGAAGGGAACAAGUGUUACUGUUCAUCUCACUUGCCAAAGCUUUGAUUUAUACUGUGAUAAAUCAAAUUUGAUGUCUGCAAAAAUGAGUUCUGUUCCAAUGGAUUUACAAUCUGUUUUUAUUGUAUAUUAUUGUACAGAAUGCAUCAGUCCUCUUGUAUGUCGGCUGGUAUUCGAAUCAGUGCGUCGCACUGGAGGACCACAGUGUCUACAUUUGAAGGUUUCUGCAUUAACAAGCAGCAUCCCGUAUUGAUCUCUCGUCCAUGAAUGUAAUCGUUUCAGGGGAAUGUUUUUAAAAUGCUAAUGAAAAGAAAAUCAAAAUACCCAUUUCAGUAGUAGGAGCCCUUCACCAAAGAAUCAGAUCAAAUCUUGCAGAGUAAAGUUGGGACAUUGGAUUUCUUGGGGUCCAAUCGCAGACCUCAUGAAAUUACAUUUAGGUUUCCCUCCCACCCAUAUAGAUCACUUCAAAAGAUUACCACAGAGAAUAGACUCUAGUACAGCACACCUCUUACAGCAAAUCUCACUUUUUUUUUUCUCCCUCCGAGCCAGGCCUUGAGACUCCAGACGAGACUGCAGCAUUUCUCAAAAGUGAUGCAAACCCUGUUUCCAUACUGCAGUUGUUUUUUUUUUUGUGUAUGGAUGAAUCCAAACAAGAAAUGUCCCAAAAAUCUUGGACAGAAAUAUUAAGUGCCCCAGUGUGUCUGCAAGAGCAUGCCAUCCAUCAUGCUGUACACUGCUCUGAAGUGAUGAACGACAACCUCCCAACAUGUGACAGGGCCACGGACCUUGUGGAAAAUGAUUUGGGAAAUGCUCAAUAUAUUCAGUUUCCGAGUGCUUAGCUUUUCAAACUCGUAACCUGCAAACAAGGUAUCCCAUUUGCAAUGUUUAAAAUAGUGCAUUUAAAAUAAAAACGCUCAAUUUUGUGAGUUUUUUUUAAAAAGCUUCUGUGUUCCAUCACUUCCAUUGCGUCACUUUUUUUUUUAAGUGAUGAUACAAAGGGGGAUGUGUUCAGUUUAAAUGGCUUUCUGUAUUAGACAUUAGUGUGGAGAUAAUGUGGAUAGAAAUGUAUGUACAAUGUUGUGUACCAAGACAAAACUGUAAGAUAAUAAAUUUAUUUACCUUUAAAAA